AUGGUGAAAAUCACUGAAGGAACCAAUCCAUCUGAACAAGAAGAAGAAGAAAUAGAUUAUGAUGAGCUGAAGAAACGCAUGUGGAAGGACAAAAUGCUACUACAGAAGCUAAAGGAGAAAGGCAAGAAACAAGAACAAAACCAGCAAGCAAAAGUUGAAGCAUCGAGAAGGAAGAAGAUGUCAAGAGCACAAGAUGCAAUCCUCAAAUAUAUGAUGAAGAUUAUGACAAUAUGCAAAGGUCAAGGUUUUGUAUACGGUAUUGUCCCAGAAAAUGGAAAACCAGUGACAGGUUCUUCUGAAAGCUUGCGUGAAUGGUGGAAAGAACAAGUCAAGUUCAGCCAAAAUGCACCAGAAGCAGUUUCAAAAUACUUAUUAUUACCACCACUUUUUGAAAAUCCACAAGUUUCAAUUUCAUCAUACAUGCAUUUACUUUAUGAGUUACAAGAUACUACUUUAGGUUCACUGCUUUCAGCUCUCAUGCAACACUGUGUGCCACCACAAAGAAGGUUCCCUCUUGAAAGAGGUUUGGCUCCUCCUUGGUGGCCAAAUGGAAAAGAACAGUGGUGGGGUCAACAAGGUGUUUUGGCACAAAGACACGGCCCGCCGCCGUAUAAAAAGCCUCAUGAUUUGAAAAAGGGUUGGAAAGUUUCUGUGUUGGCUGCAAUCAUCAAACACUUGUCUCCUGAUGUUGAUAAAGUUAGAAGGCUUGUGACUCAAUCCAAGACUUUGCAAGAUAAGAUGACUGCUAAAGAUAGUGCAACUUGGUGCAAAGUUAUGAACCAAGAACAAGCUUUGCUUUCACAGCUCACUAAAAAGUGUCUCAAGAUAUCAGAAGAAGGUGAAAGCUCUAGUAGUGUUGUUACACAUGUUUUGAAUGAGAAGAGGAAGAGUGAGUUCGGUUUUGAUUUUGAUCUCGAUGUUGAUUUUGAUAAGAUGUAUUCAUGUCAAUAUGCUGAGUGUCCACAAAGUGAAUUGUGUAUGGGAUUUUCAGACAAAAGUUCAAGGGUGAACCAUGAAUCACUAUGUUCUUACAGAACAGAACAAGGACAUGUUCCCUUCCAUGAUUAUCUGUCAGAUGAUUGGUUGAAUAUGGAUAUAGCAGGAUCUAGUAGUCAGAAUCCGGAUCCUAGUAACCAUAGGACAGUAGAAGAUUAUAGUGAGUUUUGGUUAAAUGGCAUACAAGAUCUUGAAUUGCACAUGGGAGUGGACAGGGAAAGAGACAAUGUGGACUUAAAUCAAAAUCCAGCACAAGAUACCACAUUAAGUCAUGAAGGAACCUCAAUUUGGGACUUGACGUACCAUUAG